UUUAAUCAUUCAAGUACUUCAAAAAAUCCAGAGCCAACAGGUAACCGGUUUAUUGAUUGUUCUCGAUUGGCCAACCCAAAUUUAGUAUCCCAAAUUAAUGCGAAUGUUGAUCAAUUAUUCACUGUUGAUACCCCCACAAGAAAAGUUGCUUCAUCUCCCUUACAACCCAGCGAAGAUACAUCAACUUCACAAAACAAUGUGGCUGUUGGCAUGUUAUUUGUCAGGAGAUGUCUCAAAGACGAAGGUAUUCCAGAGUCAGUUUCCAAGUAUAUCCACAAGUCAUGGAGAACAUGCAAAAGCAGUAUAGCACUUACCUCAGUCAAUGGGAGGUUUUCUGUGAUACCCGAGGGAUUAAUCCAAUUUCACCUCCUCUCGAAAGUGCCUUAUUAG